AUGGGUUUCUCCGACUUUCUUCAAGACGCCGUCUCCCAGGCCGUCAGCAACGCCACUAACAACUCUGGCGGCGGCAACAACAACAACCAGGGCGGUUCCCACCAGAGCUAUGGAGGAGACUCCUACGGCGACCGCCCCUCCCACGGCGGAAACCAGGGAGGCUACAACGACCGUCCCUCUCAAAACUACGGAGGUGACUCCUACGGCGACCGCCCCUCUUAUGGCGGAAACCAGGGCGGUUACAACGACCGCCCCUCCCAAGGCUACGGCGGAGACUCCUACGGCGGAAACCAGGGAGGCUACAAUGACCGUCCUUCUCACGGCAACCAGGGAGGCUACAACGACACCUCAUACAAUACUCCAGCCCCCUCCCACGGCGGCUACCACAACUCCAACCCCUCCUCCCAGGGCUUCUCUGACGACGACGUAAACCCAGCCCUCGCCCACGCCCAACAGAACCACUCCGACUCCUCUUCCAACGACUCCUCCCUUUUCAGCACCGCCCUGAACUUCAUCAAGGAUAAGCAAGGCCGCUCUUCCUCCCCCGACAUCGACGAGUCGCAGAUGGUCCAGUCCCACCAGCAGCUCUACAAUGACAACGAUAGCAGCAGGGCCCAUGAUUCGAACUCCCUGGGCGCUGGCGCUGCCAUGCAGGCACUGAAGAUGUUCUCCUCUGGUCAGAGCGGUGGCUCUUCAGGCGGAGACAAGAAUGCCUUCAUUGGUAUGGCGAUGAGCCAGGCUGCUAAGCUUUGGGAUCAGAAGAACUCGAAUGGCAAUGUGACCGAUGAUAAGCAGUCGGCUGUUAACAAGGCCGCUGAGAUGGCUAUGAAAAUGUAUUUGAAGAGCCAGGGUAGUGGAUCAUCUGGUAGCGGCGGGCCGGCGCUGAUGAACUUGGCCAGCAAGUUCCUGAGCAAGUAG